CUGUGGAGGCGGCGGCCAUCUUGGCGGCGGAGCGAUGAGCGGGUCCAACCCGAAGGCUGCGGCCGCUGGGUCGGCGGCUGGGCCUGGGGGGCUGGUGGCCGGCAAGGAAGAGAAGAAGAAGGCGGGCGGCGGCGUGCUGAACCGACUCAAGGCGCGGCGGCAGGCGCCCCACCACGCGGCAGAGGAUGGCAUCGGGGCGGCGGUCACGGAGCAGGAGCUGCUGGCUCUGGACACCAUCCGGCCCGAGCACGUCCUGCGCCUCAGCCGGGUCACCGAGAAUUAUUUAUGUAAACCCGAAGAUAACAUCUACAGUAUUGAUUUCACUCGUUUCAAAAUUCGAGACUUGGAGACAGGGACAGUGCUCUUUGAGAUUGCCAAACCCUGUGUUUCAGACCAAGAGGAGGAGGACGACGACGAAGGUGGGGACGCGGAUAUCAGUGCAGGACGUUUUGUCCGCUAUCAGUUCACACCAGCCUUUCUCCGCCUCCGGACAGUCGGAGCAACAGUGGAGUUCACAGUGGGAGACAAACCUGUGUCAAACUUCCGGAUGAUCGAGCGGCACUAUUUCCGGGAACGCUUGCUGAAGAACUUUGACUUCGAUUUCGGCUUCUGCAUCCCCAGCAGUAGAAACACUUGUGAACAUAUCUAUGAGUUUCCCCAGCUUUCUGAGGAUGUCAUUCGUCUGAUGAUUGAAAAUCCCUAUGAGACCCGUUCUGACAGUUUCUACUUUGUUGACAACAAGCUGAUAAUGCACAACAAGGCUGACUAUGCCUAUAAUGGAGGCCAGUGACUGCUGCAGGAGUGGACGGGGAGGUGCUUUGCUGUGGCCCAAGGUCCUGGCACAUGGAGGUGGUUGAACCUGCUGUUCGUCCACACACAUCUGGAGCCUCAUCCCGGGAAGCCAAGGCUGGCGUGGUAGUUUCCUGUGCUCAAGAGAGGUGCCAAGCAGUGCUGUGUUUUCUUCCCCAGUAUUUUUUCUUCCCUUUUCCC